AAACUGAUCAGUUUGCCGAGCCGGGUUUACUUUUAAUUAGAGCUUAAAUUAUUAUUGCUGGUCUAUCUAUAUAUUAUUAAUGUAUACAUAGAUAGAUAUACUAGCAAUAUUAUUUCAAACCUGGAUAAAAAUAAACCCGGUUCGAAAAACUUGCCCUUAAUGUUCAGAUCAUGGAGACUAGAGUACUCUAUCAUUAACGGAAUGAGGACAGCCAUUCUUAUUGACUUUAAAUCAUGCUCUGUGAAAGAAAUAACUUCGGGUAUCGUCGGUACUCAUUUCAACUGUACAAGUAAAUAGAAACGUUCGGCUUAUAUGAAUUCGAAGUAAUUUAUUUUACUGAUUUCAAUUUAUGUACAUGAAGUAAAAUCAGCUAGAACGUUAGAAGCUAGAACGAAGUUCCUCCACUAUGCUAUUUUACAUUAUCAUAUUAUUUUCCCUUACUAUAACUAUAUGCUAAUAGGUAUAUCAUAUAUAUAUUUAAUUAAUAAAAAAAAAAAUAAUUACGAAAAACUAAAAUGGUGCCAAUUGUUCAUUAUUUUUCAUUCGAUGAGUGAAUUUAUUUGUUAAAAUAAGUUUACUAAAUUAAAAACUUUAACUUAAUUAUGAAAAUUCGACUUAAAUGAUGAAAAAAUUUUUUUAAGUGUACGUGUGUAAUGUUGAAGUUUUGAAAUAAAUUUGAUAUUUUCAAAAAAUUAUUAACAAAAUUAAAUUUAUCUUAUUGAAUAAAUCGUCGCUUCUGUCUGUGGUUCCUCAUAACAAUAUUUCGAAUUUAUUUUUUUUAUUUAAGUAAAUAUUUAAUCGAGUGAAAUAAAAUUAAAUUGAUAAUAUAAUUAAAAAAAAAAAAAAAACAAAUUAAAUAUGGAUCACGAACGAAGACAAAAUGAGCAAGUUAUUGUCAGUAAAGACAAAGUUGAAACAAUUCCAGACAAUUCACUGCCUGACAUUGCAAAUAUGAAUAUAAAAUCACGGCUAAGUAAUAAAACCGAAGAUUUAAAUGAAGAACCAUUAAUUAAUGGAUUACACAAUGGUAUUUGUAAUUCUCAAAAAAAAAAUUCUGCAGACCACAAUCAAUUACCUGAAACGCAAGCUAUGGAAACUAGUCAUUUACAUAAAUUAGGUGAAGAAGAGGUAGCAUGUGUAGAUAGUAAAGAUAAUGACGUAGAAUACGUUAGUUAUACGAAUGAACUUCAAAUGCCAGAUAUCAUGAAGUUAAUUCAAAAAGAUCUAAGUGAGCCAUAUUCUAUUUAUACCUAUAGAUAUUUUAUUCAUAAUUGGCCGAAACUGUGCUUUUUGGCAAUGCAUGGCAAAGAAUGUGUAGGCGCAAUUGUCUGUAAACUCGAUAUCCAUCGAAAAAUCAUAAAACGUGGUUACAUCGCAAUGUUAGCAGUAGAUAUAAAAUAUAGGAAACGUAAAAUAGGCUCUAAUUUAGUGAGAAAAGCCAUUCGGGCGAUGGUCGAAGAUGAUGCUGAUGAAGUAGUACUGGAAACGGAAAUAACUAAUCGACCAGCAUUACGACUGUAUGAAAAUCUUGGAUUUGUAAGGGAUAAAAGACUAUUUCGUUAUUAUCUAAAUGGUGUUGAUGCAUUAAGACUCAAACUUUGGCUUAGAUGAAAUUUAUUUGCAUAUUCGUGUGAAUAGAAAGUUAAUACGAAUAUUAAAAUGAUUAGUUUAUAACAAUAAUUAUUGUCAUCGUUAUUCUUACAUAAUAUUAAAAUUUAAUUCAUCCAGACUAUAUUAAUAUAAACAUCAAGUUAUUUUCAUGAAUUUAACUAUUAAAUUUAUUUUACUUAAAAUGUAUCAGCUAUUUUUACUAGCUUUCAUGAUUUUACUUUUUAAUCUAUGCUUCCAAAUCCCGUCCGCUUGUUGACGUUUUUUUUUAUGUUCAUUCCAAUAGAAUCUUUCGCAUUAAAUGUGCAUCUGAAAAAUCAUUCGUCGCAAAUUUUAAACAAAAAGAAAAAAAAAAAAAAAAAAAAAAAAAAUGGAAGAAAGCAAGAAAGAAAGAAUGUAUAAUUAUAAGCAUAAAAUAUUUACAAAGAAAAUAAAGUCGUUAUAAUAAAAAAAAAGCUAUAAAAA